AGCCCUGCGGGGGCUGUUUGGUCCAACAGAUCCCAAGGGCACAAUCGAGGCUCUCCAGUGUCAUGCCUGGGAGCCCCCUGACCGUGCCGAGCUGGGCGCUGCUGCUGCGGCUGCUGGCACUGCUGCGGCCUCCGGGGCUGGGCGAGGCGUGCAGCUGCGCCCCUGCACACCCCCAGCAGCACUUCUGCCACUCUGCACUGGUGAUCCGGGCAAAAAUUUCUAGUGAGAAGGUGGUUCCUGCCAGUGCAGACCCGGAUGACACUCAAAAAAUGAUCCGGUAUGAAAUCAAACAGAUAAAGAUGUUUAAAGGUUUUGAGAAAGUCAAGGAUGUUCAGCACAUCUAUACCCCUUUCGACUCUUCUCUCUGUGGUGUGAAAUUAGAAGCCAACAGUCAGAAGCAGUAUCUUUUGACUGGGCAGGUCCUCAGUGAUGGAAAAGUCUUCAUUCAUUUGUGCAACUACAUCGAGCCCUGGGAGGAUCUGUCCUUGGUGCAGAGGGAAAGUCUCAAUCAUCACUACCACCUGAACUGUAUCUGCCAAAUUACCACCUGCUACACAGUGCCCUGCGUCAUCUCGGCCCCCAACGAGUGCCUCUGGACAGACUGGCUGUUGGAACGGAAGCUUUACGGUUACCAGGCCCAGCACUAUGUCUGCAUGAAGCAUGCUGAUGGCACCUGCAGCUGGUACCAGGGCCACCUGUCACUCAGGAAGGAGUUCGUAGAUAUCCUCCAGCCCUAGGAGAAACCGAGGACUAGAACAUCUCUUGAGUCCUGAAGAGCAAGUCUGUUCUCCUUUCCUGCGAUUAUAUGGCCAUUACCACAGUCCCCACGGGUGCCAACUAACAGGAAAUGCCAACUGGACAGCCUGGUCAUGGCAUCAGGGCAAGGAUGGGG